AUGUGCCUCCCACCCCUCUCCGACUCCCUCUCCCUCCCCAAGCUCCUCAAUCUAAACCUCGACUCUUCCUCCUCCCGAUCCUCCUCUCCCUCACCACCACCACGAUUCCACGAUCGCCAUCAUCACCACCAUAGUAGCCACCACCACCACUUCCGCAGACGACGAAGAUCCAACAGCUCAUGCAGCACCUGCAGCGACACCACCAGCUCCAGCUCCACUACGACCUCCAUCUCCAUCCGCCCCCCACCGCGAAGCUACCACCCCCCUCAACCGUCUCGCAAGCCUCCGCCUCCACCUGCUCUUCAAGAGCGGGAGCGAAAUUCCUACCGAGCAAGUCGGAGUAAGGUUCGAGAUGUUGAGGAGACGUUCAUCCCGCUGCCGCCAGCGAGGCCUGUCAGGAUUGCGAGGCCGUGGCCGCGGCCGAGAUUACCGCCUCCGCCUCCGCCGGUGGUGAUUGAUGUCAGGGAGAGAGAGAGGGAGUUCUGUCGGUUGCCGGAUGUGGAGGCGGAGGAGGUGGAGUGUGUGGGGGUUUUUGAGCCUGAGGAGGAGCGGGAGAGGGUGGAGGAGUGGGUGGUUAUGAGGGAGAGAGGGGGGUGGAGGAGACCUAGUGGUGGUGGUAUUGUUAGUAGGGAACGGGGGAGGUGGAAGGAGGUAGUUGAGGAUGAGGAAGUGGAUGAGGAGGUGGAUAGAGGGGAGGAGGAUAGUAGGAGGAAGGUCAGGGUUGAGUAUAUUCGGGCUCGAUAG